AUGGCAAUUUAUCACCGGAAACUGUUAUCGGAACCAGAUUCCAACCAAACCAUAGACUGUUCCGGCUGUGGUCUAAACUGCCCAUACGACUGCGACUACGUAACAAUCUACUGGCCACCACAAUUACCACCGUCAUCAACCACCGCUGACGACAGCUCCACCACCCAUAUCUCACCUUAUGUCAUCGUCAUAGUCGCCGUGAUUGCCAGUGCAAUUCUGUUUAUCAGCUACUACCUUAUCGUGAAAAGAUAUUGUGUUCGAUUCCGUCAACCCUAUCCCACCCAAGUCAACCAAGAAUCACGGGACUUUAUGAACGAAGAUCAUCAGCCGGAAAUUGAUCACCCCAUCUGGUACAUCAACACCAUCGGCCUCCAACCGGCGGUGAUCAGAUCGAUUGCGGUGGUGAAGUUUAAAAAAGGUGAGAGCUUGAUUGACGUCACGAAUUGCUCUGUUUGUUUAAGUGAGUUUGAAGAUGAUGAAUCUUUAAGGUUGUUGCCGAAAUGUAACCAUGCGUUUCAUAUACCUUGUAUUGAUACCUGGUUAAGAUCGCACACAAACUGUCCUCUUUGUCGAGCGGCUGUUUUGGCUAACAACUCAAGUAAUAAUUUGCAAUCAAAUGAUCAAAAUGGAAAUCGUAUUCAUGGAUUUGGUUUGAAUCAAAAUACCCAGAUGGAAAAUGGUGAAAACGAUGGUGAAUUGGGUUCGAUCGGUGUUGAAGAGAUUGGGAUUCGUGAAAACAUGAGAGAAAGAGGGAAUAAUAGGGUUGAGAUUGAAGAUGGAAACAAGGAAAUUCAAGAUUCUAAAAUAGAGAUUGAGAGUAUGAGUACACUAAGAAGAGCGUUUUCUAUGGAUUCAAGUGCCGAAAUUGUACAUAUGGAAUUGAAUUCGAGAAAUUUAAGUAGCGAGAUGCAGAGUUCAAACCAUAUAAGAGAUUCAAGAACAAGAAACAUGGUGACGAUGAGAUCAUUUUCAUAUGGUGGGAGAUCGAUCAUGUAA